AUGCUGGCGCUGGGCCACAGCCCUGAGCAGAGGCCCAGGCUCACUCUGCAGUGGAGGCAGGUCUCCUGGCUCACCUGCUGGAUCGCCCUACAUGCUGUGGAGGCCCUCCCCACCUGCCCUUUCUCCUGUAAGUGCGACAGCCGCAAACUGGAGGUGGACUGCAGUGGCCUAGGCCUCACCGUGGUGCCCCCGGACGUGCCUGCUGCCACCCGCACCCUCUUGCUCUUGAACAAUAAGCUGAGUGCCCUGCCAAGCUGGGCCUUCACCAACCUGUCCAGCCUGCAGCGGCUGGACCUAUCCAACAACUUCCUUGACCAGCUGCCCCGCUCCAUUUUCGGGGACCUGACGAAUCUGACGGAGCUGCAGCUUCGCAACAACAGCAUCAGGACCCUGGACAGGGACCUGCUGCAGCACUUGCCACUGCUGCGCCACCUGGACCUGUCCAUCAACGGCCUGGCCCAGCUGCCCCCGGGCCUUUUCGACGGACUCCCAGCUCUGCGCUCCCUCUCGCUUCGCUCCAACCGCCUGCAGAACCUGGACCGGCUGACAUUUGAACCCCUGGCGAGCCUGCAGCUGCUGCAGGUUGGGGACAACCCCUGGGAGUGUGACUGUAACUUGCGUGAGUUCAAGCACUGGAUGGAGUGGUUCUCCUACCGAGGGGGGCGCCUGGACCAGCUUGCCUGCACCCUACCCAAGGAGCUGCGGGGGAAGGACAUGCGCAUGGUCCCCAUGGAGAUGUUCAACUACUGCUCCCAGCUGGAGGACCAGAACAGCUCAGCGGGGCUGGAUGUUCCUGGGCCAGCCUGCACCAAGGCCAGCCCAGAGCCUGCUAAGCCGAAGCCCAGGGCUGAGCCUGAGACGGAGCCCAGCACAGCCUGCCCCCAGAAGCAGAGGUACCGGCCCAUGAGCGUGAGGCGGGCCAUCGGCACUGUGAUCAUCGCAGGCGUUGUCUGCGGCGUCGUCUGCAUCAUGAUGGUGGUGGCUGCUGCCUACGGCUGCAUUUAUGCCUCGCUCAUGGCCAAGUACCACCGGGAGCUCAAGAAGCGCCAGCCACUGAUGGGGGACCCUGAGGGCGAGCAUGAAGACCAGAAGCAGAUCUCUUCUGUGGCCUGA